CUCGAUUUCAAGAGAAGCAAACCUAUCACAAAUAUGGCUGCUCAGGCUGAUGACGAGCUAAAUAAGCUCAGAUUGAACGGCCAAAAUGGCGAGGCCAAAGAGCAAGUAAGCGCUUCUGCUGUCGAUACUGCCGACAACGACGACUCAGAGGAUGAUGAGAAAGAAGAGGAAGGCGGAGCGGAAGUUGCUGCUACUGAAGCGGCCAAAAAAAAAAAGAAGCGCAAGCCCAAGAAGAAGAAGAAAGGAGGCGCCAAAAAACAAUCCUCCCCUCCUCGAGUCCCCGUAUCAGAACUAUUCCCCAACAAUCAAUACCCCGAAGGUGAAAUCGUCGAGUACAAAGAUGAGAAUAAUUACCGGACAACCAACGAAGAGAAACGAUAUCUCGACCGUAUGAACAAUGAUUUCUUGCAGGAGUAUCGCCAAGGAGCUGAAGUACACCGACAGGUUCGCCAAUAUGCGCAGAAGAAUAUCAAGCCCGGACAAACCUUGACUGAGAUUGCGGAGGGUAUUGAAGAUGCCGUUCGUGCCCUUACGGGUCAUCAGGGUUUGGAGGAAGGAGAUAAUAUAAAGGGAGGAAUGGGUUUUCCCUGUGGUCUCAGUAUCAACCACUGUGCCGCUCAUUAUACGCCUAAUGCAGGAAAUAAGAUGGUCCUGCAGCAGGGUGAUGUCAUGAAGGUUGAUUUCGGUGCUCAUAUUAACGGUCGAAUCGUUGAUAGUGCUUUCACGAUGACUUUUGAUCCUGUCUAUGAUAAUCUUUUGACUGCUGUAAAAGAAGCGACCAACACCGGUAUUCGGGAAGCUGGUAUCGAUGUUCGAAUGAGUGAUAUUGGAGCAGCCAUCCAAGAGGUUAUGGAGAGUUACGAGGUUGAGAUCAACGGAACUACAUACCCAGUCAAGGCAAUCCGUAACCUGAACGGACAUAACAUUGAUCAACAUGUCAUUCACGGUGGCAAGAGUGUUCCCAUCGUGAAGGGCGGAGAUCAAACCAAAAUGGAGGAAGGUGAAGUCUUUGCUAUUGAGACUUUUGGAAGCACUGGAAAGGGAUAUGUACGAGAAGAUAUGGAAACAUCACAUUAUGCCAAAGCCCAAGAUGCUCCGAAUGUGUCACUUCGCUUAUCCUCGGCAAAGAAUCUCUUGAACGUUAUUAACAAGAAUUUUGGCACAUUGCCUUUUUGUCGUCGAUACCUCGAUCGACUUGGCCAGGACAAGUAUCUUCUUGGACUGAAUAAUCUGGUAUCUGCCGGAAUUGUGCAGGAUUAUCCACCACUGUGUGAUAUUAAGGGCUCCUAUACUGCUCAAUAUGAACAUACAAUCGUACUUCGGCCAACGGUGAAAGAAGUUAUAAGUCGCGGUGACGACUAUUAAAGAAUCAGUCCAUCUCUGGAAUAGGGCUUGGUAUAGGCUUGACUGUAUAUGGAUAGGAUGUACCUGUAGGAAGAAAUCAAAUUGACUUGAUAGGAAG